AGCAAGCCGGAUUUCUUUUUUACGGAGUAUUUUUUUUAAUGUAGUACGGAGUAAUUUUUUACUUCAAGAGGAUUUAUUUUACCGGCAGUAAAUUUGAACUUCAAGAUAUCUGGACAUUAAUCGGAUGGCUUUACCUUUUUAUAGGGUUGGAUCGUUGGAAGGUCGGAGGUGAAAGAUGUCGGAGCGCCACCACUUGCCGGAGGAAAUACUGAUCGAAAUCCUCACCCGUCUCCCCGUCAGGUCCCUUGCACGCUUCACCGCCGUUUCCAAGUCGUGGUUCUUCUUCAUCACCAGCCCCGCCUUCGCCUCCGCCCACCUCCGCCACUCCCGCUGCAGAGGUAAUUCCGCCGGUAACCUCCUCUUCCACCGACGUUUCGAGAUUUCAUCCAAAAAGGAAAAGUAUGAAAUACUCGAAGAAUCUGAUCACCAAACACUUACCCCGAUCAGUUCUCCCCAGAUCUGUCCCCCAAUUGCGUGCAAGGUCGGGUAUUUUCGUGUGGUUGGCUGCUACAACGGCGUCGUUUGCUUAUCAGACGAUUUGUAUAGCGAUUCAUAUGCUAUGUACCUUUGGAACCCUUGGAUUCAGAAGUUUAAGACGUUACCGCCUCCUACUAUUAGACCGGCUUGGCCUUUUACGUCCACACUUGGAUUUGGUGUUAAUCCUCAGUGUGUUGAUGAUCUCAAGGUAGUCAGAGCCGUGUUCGGAAGGAACGGAGAGUGUCAGGGGAUACCCGAUGUCCCACCAGAUGUUGAGAUUUAUUCUCUCAGAACUGGGAAAUGGAGAAGGAUAUCGGCUGUUGGGGUGAAUCUUUAUAUGAUCAAUUUCAUCUGGUCUCAGACUUUUGCCCAUGGAGCAGUGCAUUGGAUUGGGUACAAAUCGUUGGACAAUGAAAUGUUCAAGUGUUCUAUAGCAGUUUUCACCUUGGAUAAUGAGGUUUUUAGCGAAAUUAUGCUGUCAGAUGAAUUGGCCAGUGGGGUUGUUGGGUCAAGCUUAAAUAUUAUGACAUUUGGUGAAUCUAUUGUUGUUGCUAAGUAUGGUGAAGCGAUUCAUGGUGCUUACUGUGAGCUGUGGAUGAUGAAAGAGUACGGAGUUGUGGAAUCUUGGUGUAGGCUACGUCGUAUAGAACUGGUUGAAGGGAUGAGAAGAAUCGUUGGCUUUAGGGAAAACAGUGACAUUUUAUUCUCUACCAACGAGGGUGAGCUUGUUUCGUACUGCCCGGAUACUGAAGUCAUUAAUAAGCUUGGAAUUUAUGGUUCCAUCCGCUCAUUGUAUGUUGGUAAAUACUUGGAAUCUCUUGUUCUGCUUCAAGAACAAAGCUGCGUUAUCGAUGGGCUAUCUGAAGAAAUGACAAGUAUGUCGAUUUGAACAAGAGAUUGAGUUUUCUCAUUUGUUUAAAGGGAAAAGUUAAUUGUCAUCUUCUUCCUCAAGAAUACAGAUUGGUUUAGAAGGAAAAAUGCUUUCAGUUGUGUAUGGAGACUUGAGAUUGCUGGAUUGGAUCUGCAAGGAUUACUAUGUUAGGAUACAACAAUUUGUCAAAUAGGAGAAAGGUAAUUGUCAUCUUCUCCCAAUAGGUCUGGACGUUCAUCACCAUAUUGCCAAAUCACUGCUCAUCUUUGAUAGGCUUUGAGCAUUGAAAAGAUCGAAGGUGAAGGGUGAUGUCGGAUUGCCAUUAGUUCACGGAAGAAAUAUACGGAGUAUAUUUUAUUUAAUUAAUGAUCAAACAUAUCAAUUUUGACUUAAAAGAAGUUAAAAGAGUACAAAUAGUGUCACAUAGAGGGCCGAGCAGUAUAUAGACUUUAUUG